AUGAAGAAAAUAGAAGACAACAACACACUUUUGUUUACUAUGGAUCUCAAGCCCAACAGAUACCAGACUAAACAGGUUGAGAAGAAGCUCUAUGAUAUUGAUGUGGCCAAGGUCAACUUUCUGAUCAGGGCCAAUAAAGAAAAGAAAGUACAUGUUCGACUGGCUUCUGAGUAUGAUACCUUGGAUGCUGUUGUGGGCUCUAUUGGACGGCAGGGAGACAUCCCCAGAGUCUUGUGGUGUUUAGACGCCAAUGCUCUGAUAAAAGGUGAAACCUGCAUGAAUCUAACACCUGUGUUGGAAUUCCUCCUCCUGGGGUUCUCAGAUGAUCCCGAGCUGCAGCCUCUAAUCUGCAGCCUGUUCCUGUCCAUGUAUCUGGUCACCGUGCUAGGGAAUCUACUGAUCAUCCUGGCCGUCAGCUCUGACUCCCACCUCCACACCCCCAUGUACUCCUUCCUUUCCACCUUGUCCCUGAGUGACAUCGGUUUCACAUCUACCACGGUUCCAAAGGCUGUAGAUGAAGGGAUUCAGCAUGGGAGCAACCACAGCAUACAUCACGGAAGCCACUGCAGUCUUCGUGGGAGAAUAAGCUGUCUCUGCUCCGUGGAACCACAGAAUCUAACACAUGUGUUGGAAUUCCUCCUCCUGGGGUUCUCAGAUGAUCCAGAACUGCAGCCUCUAAUCUGCAGCCUGUUCCUGUCCAUGUAUCUGGUCACCGUGCUAGGGAAUCUACUGAUCAUCCUGGCCAUCAGCUCUGACUCCCACCUCCACACCCCCAUGUACAUCUUCCUUUCCAUCUUGUCCCUGAGUGACAUCGGUUUCACAUCUACCACGGUUCCAAAGGUGAUUUGGGACAUCCAGACUCAUGAUAGAGUCAUGUCCCACACAGGCUGCUUGAUUCAGUUGUCCUUUUUUUAUCUUUUUGGCUGUUUGGACAGUGUCCUCUUAACUGUGAUGGCCUAUGAUCGGUUUGUAGCUGUCUGUUAUCCUUUGCACUACCCAGUCAUCAUGAACCCCCACCUCUGUCGCCUGCUAAUUUUGGUGUCUUUUUUGAUCAGCCUUCUGGAAUCUCAGCUGCAAUGCCUCAUCAUGUCACAACUUAUCUUCUGCACAAAUGUGGAAAUUCCCCAUUUCUUCUGUGACCCUCCUCAACUCCUGAAGCUUUCCUGUAAUGACACCUCCACCAAUAAGAUAUUCAUGUAUUUUAUUGGGGCCGUCUUUGGUGGUAUUCCAGUCUCGGGGAUCCUUUGCUCUUAUAUUAGAAUUGUUUCCUCCAUUCUGAGACUCCCAUCAACAGGUAGGAAAUACAAAGCCUUCUCCACCUGUGGCUCUCACCUGUCCGUUGUUUGCUUAUUUUAUGGAACAGGUCUUGGGGUGUACCUCAGUUCGACUAUCUCACAUUCUCCCACGAAGACUUCAGUGGCUUCUGUGAUGUAUGCUGUGGUUGCUCCCAUGCUGAAUCCCUUCAUCUACAGCCUGAGGAACAGGGACAUCAAGAAGGCCUUGCAGAGGCUCCUCAACAGAACUGCCUUGUCUUAA